GUGCUGGUCCGCAGGUGUGCAGAUGGAACAGAGCUGCGGGGGAGAAUAGUGGAAACUGAAGCGUAUCUCGGUGGGGAGGAUAAAGCCUCGCACUCAGCCGGGGGCAAACGCACCGAGAGAAACACGGCCAUGUUUAUGAAGCCAGGCACAGUCUACGUGUACCCCAUCUAUGGGAUCUACCUCUGCAUGAACGUGUCCAGCCAAGGGGAGGGUKCUGCUGUGCUGCUGCGCUCCCUGGAGCCCCUCCAGGGUCAGUCUGUCAUGAAGGAGCUGAGGGCAGCUAGGCGCAAAGCAGGAGCCCGCCAACUAAAGGACAAAGAGCUCUGCAACGGGCCGUCAAAGCUGUGCCAGGCCCUAAAUAUACCUCGCUGUUUUGACCGUAGAGACUUGGCCUCAGACCCAGAGGUGUGGCUAGAGACUGAUCCGAACGCGGGUCCCACAAACCCGCAGGAUGUCGUAUCAGCUCCACGUAUCGGAAUUGAGUCCCACGGGGAGUGGGCCAAGAAACCGUGGCGGUUUUAUCUUCGUGGGCAUCCCUGUGUCAGCGUUGUGAAUAAGGAGGCAGAAAGACGGUCUCCAUCUGGAAAUGUAAUGAGCAAUUUAGGUCUAUGAGAUGUGCAGACAACAGGGCUAAAGACCCAAGAAUAAGUACUUUCCCAUCUGCUUACUUUUUAAACAUUUUGAGAGAAUAGUUUUGUUUUUGUUCAAAUACAGUAAAUUAUUGCUUUAUGUUUUUAAUGUAUUAUUUGUUGUGUUAAUGUAAAAAAAUCUAGCUCAUUUUGAAACAGUUUAUUAAUGCAAAGUUGAACAAGAAAGUAACAAAUUAAAACUGACAUGUCAUAAUCAGUAUCGGUGCCCAUUACAAAAAAAUAAAAAUAAAAAUCCUCACUGAAUUAAA